CUUCGAGAUUUGUCACAUAACACCACUGGACGGGACAGGAGACGGAUACCUCCUCGUCCUCUAAAUUUAGAUGUCUAACCUGUACAAAAAAAAUCCUUCCCUGUCCCUCGGAACAAACUAACAUCAUCGCAGGAAGCGGACAGGUUCAGCGGAGGGCCGAGCAGUGAUGGCCUCAGUCAAAAAAGACAACAGGCUGACGAGGACUCAAAGCUUUAUGUGCGCCGCUUUCGCAGGUGUUUUCAGUAAAACCGUGACGUCGCCUUUGGAGGUGGUUAAAGUCAAGAGUCAGAUUGGCACUUUUCACUGUAAGAGAGGAUUCUGGCAAAGUUUUCUUCUCAUCUACCAGAAUGAGGGGCUUCGAGGAUUUUGGAAAGGAAAUCUGACUUCUUGUCUCCGGUUGUUUCCUUACACCGCAGUCCAUCUCGCAACAUACAAAAAGAUAGUCCACCUGCACAUGGAUGAACUGGGCUUCAUCUCUCAGUGGAGAGCCAUUCUUGCUGGUGGAUUGGCUGGCGUUGCUGCUGCUCUGGCCACGUACCCUCUAGAGGUGGCAGAAACCAGACUGGUGGUUCAGAACUGCAGACAGCCUACAUACAUCGGCGUAUUUCACACAUUGUCAAAGAUCCACAGGAGUGAAGGACUGCUGGCUCUCUACAGGGGCUUCUCUCUCACUUUAUUGGGUGCUUUUCCCUUUUCUCUGGGCUGCUAUGCAGUCUACGUACACUUGGACAAGUUCUGGCAGGAGCCUCCUUUUCGUUUCACUCCUCUCCAGAACUUCAUUAAUGGUUGUCUUGCGGCAGGAGUGGCACAAACCCUCUCCUACCCUUUUGAAACUGUAAAAAGAAAAAUGCAGGCUCAGAGUCCCCGUCUGCCUCAUUUCGGAGGAGUCGACGUCCACUUCAGUGGAACGAUUGACUGUUUCAUACAAGUGGUAAAAAAUAAGGGCGUCCUCUCUCUGUGGAACGGUCUUACUGCCAACACAAUAAAGAUUGUUCCCUACUUCGGCCUUCUCUUCACCUGCUUCGAGAUGUGCAAGCAGGUCUGCCUUUACCGUAACGGGUACAUCCUGUCACCUCUGAGCUACAAGCUUGCGCCGGGGGUCGACCAGAGCCUCGGGCCUUACGAGCUUGAAGAGGUGAAGCGCUACUUGAAAAACAGGAACUUUGGGUCAGCAGAGUCGUCUUUAGGAAGCCGCUGGUGAAACUUGCUUUAGUUGAAGAGGAGUACCUGUUGACCUCAUGUUACGUGUAGGAAAAAGGAUUUGCUGGACUGAAAUACUUCAGAUGCUGUACUGUAAAAGUUAUUAACAUGUGUCCUGUCAACGGUCUACCUCUUUAAAAACCUGUAUUUCAUCUGACAGUAUUCUUUGUAAAGGAAUUGUUCUCUUACCCACAAUGCCUCUUUUUAACCAGAUAUUCUGUGCCUUUAGGACUGACUAUUUAUUUAUAAGCUUAUUUCCGUUAUUGAGUUUAUUCAUAUAGAUUCCAUGUGCUUAUGUGACAGAUCAUUGUUCUUAUUAUGUACAGUGAAUGUACCAUUUUAAUGCAUUAUUAGUUUGACUUGGAUAUGAUCAAUCAUUAACAAAUGAUUGCAUGAAUUGUGAUGGAAGAUAUGUGCAUUGUCAUUCAAUUUUAACCAAUACAUGGUUUCAUUCCUCAGGUGUGUUUUUGUGCAUUCUAAAGCAUACCUUUAAUUGAAUUCUUUGUACCUUUUAAUUCAGUUAAUUUCAGAGGCAGAUAAAGAUCAAAUACAACAUGGCAAAGCAAAAAAAUAAAGCAUUAAUAUAGAUAGAUGGAGAGAUAGAGAACCUACUUUAUUAAGCUCCAAUUUUUUUUGAAUACUUGAAACCUCUUUAUGAACUAACGGAGGAGAUUCAAGGUUACAGAACAGAAAUAGGCAAUUUUGCAGAAUGGGAACUUCACAUCAAUUCGAUGCUAACAUCUUUGUAAUUUGAAAGAAAAAUCUGUGAUCUUUGGCACACUAAAAAUGACUUUCAGUGUGCCACAGGUUAUUGAUUUAUUUUUCUCUUGAUGUUUGCGGUGCAUGGUGUAGUACCCCAUUUGCCACCUCUGUAAUUUGGUUAAUAUCAAUUUUGGAAUUCAUGACUUCUACUUUUAAUAAAGUAUUUUUCACUUGGUA